GGAUAAAAACAGUAUUAAUAAGACCCUCAAAUCCCGGAAAAAUAUAAAACCGAUAAAAAUCAUAAGAAAGAAAAGUCUCCUCAUAUUCUUACAUUAUUUUCCAUGAUAAAAAGCUGAAAGGCAGCAAGAUCCACCUCGAACACCUCUCCUCCAUCAUCCACCACCCAUUACACCACUUUCUCUCUCUUUUUAUUUUCUUCGAUUAUUCUUCUACUACUAUCUUGAUUCUUGAGUAUAUAUGAGUUUAAUUAUUAUAAAUACUUCUUCAUUUUAAACUAAUUACUCCAUUUCAAUUUUCAUAUUCACUAAUUUUCAUCAUUUUCCCACCAUAAUCAAAAAUUAAACCAUACCCAUUUCACAAAUCCCCUCGAUUUUGUUGGGUGAGAGUUGAAUUUUUGAAAAAUGAGGGAAGAAGAUUCAAAUUGGUUUUCAAAAUGGGAAGAACAACUUCCAUCUCCAGAUGAAUUAAUUUCACUAUCUCAAACCCUAAUUACACCCGAUCUUGCUUCAGUUUUUGAUAUUCAAAUCCAUGGAAGCAAUGGAAAUAUACCCAUGUCUACAUCACCUCAUAUGCAUCCAAACUCGUCCGAGUUUGACUCAUCUUCUGCCGAGUUAAACGGAGGCGGUGAAGGCGGUGGAGGCGGAUCAACUUCUGGUGGUGGUGGGUCCGAUGAGCCAGCGCGGACCCUAAAACGGCCCCGCCUUGUGUGGACCCCACAACUUCAUAAGAGAUUUGUUGAUGCUGUGGCCCACUUGGGUAUAAAAAAUGCGGUUCCCAAGACUAUAAUGCAGUUGAUGAGUGUGGAUGGUUUAACCAGAGAAAAUGUUGCUAGCCAUUUACAGAAAUAUAGAUUGUAUCUUAAGCGAAUGCAAGGAAUUAACAAUGGUAAUGGGCUUGGAGGAUCCGGUGAUUCUGCUACUGAUAAUUUGUUUGCUAGUUCACCUGUUCCGGCCCAUUUCUUACAUGGUCCUGGAGGCGGAGGCGGAGGCGGCGGGGCUAGGCCAAAUUCAGAACAUUUAAUGCCUUACAUAGCUCUUAACCACCAUCAGAUGAUGGCGGGUCAUCAACCGGUUACAGCCCAAUACCAACAUCAUAGACAAAUGGGUCAUUUCGGGUCGGGUCAAAACGGUGGGCAUGGGCAAUUUGAGCAUCCACUCUUCUCAAGACAAGCCCAAUCGGGUCCAAAUAGAAAUGGAAUGAUGCAGAAUACUGGGUUUAUUGAAGAUUUGGAGUCUGCAACAGUCAACAAUGGCAGGAAAGUUCUUACUUUAUUUCCUACUGGAGAUGAUUGAUAUAUAAAUCAAAUACUAAAUUGUCCAAACAAGAAAAAAAAAAAAAAAAAAACUUUGGAUUAUAGUUUUUCUGAUUAACUUUGGGAAAUGGGUGUUAAUUUGUCAUUAUUGUUAAAUUUUUUUAUGUUUGGGUAGGUCGAGAAAAGGAGAGCGAGAAAUGAGUCUAGGUUUAUCACAAUGAAAUAGUAAAUGCUCCGACCCAGACAAAACCCGAUUAUAAUUAAUUGUUGUUUCUAAUUAUGACCAAAUUAGUGUUUAAUUAGUCCCUUUUAGACAGGGUUAUUUCAAGUUUGAUUGGGCAGGCAGUGUUAAUUGUGGGGAUUAUUGAUCAUUGGACAUAAUUAAGCUUCAAUUAUUAGUACCAUUAUUACUAUGUUGCUUGAUCAUAGCAGCUUAAUUAGACCCGCCAAAAUAGGGGAAAAAAGUUUUGAAUUCGGGUUUUUAUCUGCGAUUGGUCGCUUAUUAACUCGGAGUGAUAGAGUAUAAAAUUAAUCAUGAGGUCUCAACAGUCGAGCUCUAUGUGAUUAGUGUAUAUUUAACAGCCUUCAUUGAGUCCAUUGUAACAGUUCAAGUGUAGUUUUUGGUUGAUGUAGACUACGAUAUCAUGUAGAUGUUGUUCCUUGUUUGAAUUUGCUACUAAUCAUACAAAAUGUUUUUAAUUUGAUUUUCGUAAUGUAGCAAACUAAAAAAUAUGGGUACUAUUUUGUAAAUCGUGACAUUCAAUAGUAUUAAAAACCUGUGAUUCUCAUUA